UACAAGAAAAACGAGCGUCAAACCGAAACGAAACGACGAUAGGAAAAAUUUUUACCUACUACACAUUUUUAAUUAAAAUUAAAUAAAACUACAGUAAAUUAAAAGAAAAAACUUAUGAAAAACUGCUAACACCUAAAGAUUGCAUAAGAUUUUCAAAAAACCAAUAAAUUAGCUUAAUUGCUAUUAGAAUUAAAGCUAAAAAACUGUGUAAAAGCUUUACAGUGACAAAGACCAAGCCAAAGGCAAGAAAAAAAUUAUACCUAAAUGUGUGUGUUUAAAAAGAAACCAUUUUUUAAAUAGCAAAGAAAAAAAUAAUUAAAGUGUUACGUUCGCUAAUGGAAAUAAAAAACUGCUACGUUUCAUUGAAAAAAAAAACUAUAGAUAAAAUUACGAAAUUAAAAAACGUUUAACAAAUUUUUUUUUGGUAAAAAACAGAAAAAGACUAGGCAGUAAAAAACAAAGAGCAAGCAAAAAGAAGUGAUAAAUUUAAAGAGAAUAGGAAAUCAAAUAAAAAUAUACAUUAUUAAAAAAACAGUGUAGUUGUUGGAAACUAAAUAUAUAUAAACUACAAAUGUAUGUACAUGUCUAUAAAGUGCAAAUAAAUGUAACCAACCAUUUUCUUUAAAAAUAACCAGAAAUAUUACAAAGAAUACAAAUUCAAUUUAUUUCUUUCCUUUGCUUGGCUCGUAAGUGAGCGAGUGUAUAUGCGAAUCAUACGAAUGUAUUAAAUUUAAACAACGGAACGGCAGCAACAACAACAGUAGCAGCAGCAGAAAAGGCUAAAUAAAAACAACAAUUGUGUGGGGACUUUCUUUUUGUUUGUUUGGAUGUUUUUGUAUACGAAUGUUGUAUUGUUGUUGUUUUUCAUUAUACGAAAUCAAUGUAGGAGAAGUGUAAAGUGAGGCCCCCAUAAGAAAAUGUCACAUUUGCCUUUGGAUGCACGCGCCAUUUUGCAUUAUUUAAAUGAAUUGGGCUACAGAAAUAUAUCUGCCUCACAACUCAAAGAAUUUUUAAAAGCCAUAUUGCGCUUAAAGGUAUGCAACCACAAUCGGAAAUCAACAGUAAAUGCAAAUUUAAAAUUCAGCAACAACAGCAGCAGCAACAAUUGCCAACAACACCUACUAGCAGGAACGCAACAACUGCCUCUGCAGCUUUAUUACAACAAACACCAACAACUACAGCAGCAGCAGCUACUGCCACAACUGCAUCGGAUGUUACAAAACGCAGUCCUGCUGUAAAAGUAGUCAAAUGUAAGAAACCUUUGUGUCAUUUUAAAUUUUACUUGGAUAUACGAGAUCAUCAACUUACCAAACGUAUAGAGGAACAAAUCAAACUUUUGGGUGGUUCACUAGAGUUUUUUCUUACACCCAGUGUAACGCAUUUUGUUACUGACAAGCCUAUUGCAGCGCCGACAAAUAGUACUAGCAAUAAUACAAACAACAACACAAGCUGUCCGGGUACACCACAAACGCCCCAAACACCGCAGACCCCACAGACGCCCUACUCAUUGGAUUGCCUAGUUGACUCAUCAAAACCAAAUAAUGGACUUGCCAGCAACAAGAAACCCAUUAGGAAUUCAAGAGCAGAUGCCAUAUUAAAUCGUGCGCGCAGACUGAGUACUAUAAACGUAUCCACGCCCACCACCAGUCAUCAUCAUCAUCCUUCUCAGAGCAAGGUAAACUCUUUAGAACAAAACAGCUCUGUUACACCACUCAAACAUAAGCAAAGUUUAUCUAAUAAUGCUACACCACCGCUACCUUAUGUGGUUUGGCAGUGUGAAAUCGCUUUAAGAUUUUUCAAAAAAGUCCAACACGAACUCAAAGAUUACUUGGAUCAUUCCAGUAAAACGCAUAGCAAGUCUUAUGCCGUAGAACCUAUAAGUCUUAAGGGUGGCUAUAUCAAAUUUGAAUCGCUUAAGCGCAACUAUCGUCCGUACUAUCAUCUUAUUAAGAAACCACAAGAGUGGCCGAAAAUCCAAUUGAGUCGCGAAGACGGUGCUUUUAGACUGUCGCCCAAGAAGGAUUUGUCACCACACAAAGAGCUUGAGGACAUAGAACCAAAUCGCCAAAUUUUAGACGGCGCCACUUUGGUUGACAAUAUGACACGUAAAUCUCGUACGAAAUCAUCUCAAAAUCAUCAUAACAAUCUUAAAAAUAAAGACAACAACGAUCUUAUUAAAUCACCAGCCAACUCCCAGAAACAAACGGCAAAGUGCAAAAAUCAAACUCCUCAACAGCAAAAAGAUUCUAGCGAUAAACAGUGUGGCGUUUGUGAAAUAUGUAAAAUAGAAUACGACGCCCUAACCAUACACCUAAAAACGAAAGAUCAUGAAUAUUUUGCCAAAAAUUCACAGAAUUUUAUAGCUCUCGAUUCGUUGAUACACUCUUCGGCCGAUGUAAAUAAAUUUUUGGAUGAGAAUCGUAAAUUGGAAAUAAAAACUGAACUAGAAGAAAUGGAGGUAGAUCACGAAAGUCUAAUGUGUAUUGAACAAGAUCCCUUGCAAAAUAGUGAAAAUGAACAUGAACAACAAAAUGAGGAAGAUAACGAAGAGGAAGAAGAUGAAGAUGAGGAUGAUGAAUCACAGAAAUCCUCUUCGACACACAAACGCAAGUCGGUGGAGCCCAAAAUGUUUUCACCUACAUUAAGGGAAAAAUCCAAAAGAUCCACUAAAGGCAAACACUCUUCAGAGAAGUUUCAGAAUUGCACGCUUACUACGGCUGCAAAAUCACCAAAGACUCCUAGUCCUCAGAAACCUUUAGCAGCACUGGAUGUUAAAACACCAGUGGCUCGGAAAAAGGCCUCUUCUACAGCUGCUAUUUCACCACCCAUACGUGCCAUGUUACCGCCCAACUCUCUGUAUAAGGUGGUAGAAACCCACACUGAAGUGAAUUGUACACCUCCCAGGGGAAAAGGAUUAGCGGCCGGUUUAAAUGAUGACUCUAAAGUAGUGGGUUCUCCUUCUAUAAUAGUGAAAUUUAAAAAGGUACGCACCACAGAACUGCAAGUAUUAAAUGGCGAGGCUGAAAACUUUAUGUUUCCCAAAAAACGCAGUGAUUCCAGCGACUUGCCGACGGAUAUCGAUCGACAUACUACCUCCGAUCGCAUACAGCAAACACAAUCAUCUCAGCAGAUUUUAACAUCAUCGUCUUCUUCAUCAUCCGAAGAACAGGAUAACGAUGAUGAUUUUGAUGUCAAACACAGUCCGCCUCAAAUGCAGCACAAUGGCAAAAAGGCCAUAAUUAAGGCAAAGAGAAGAUUGUCAAAAGUAUGCUCCUCUUCUUCGUCCAGGUCAACGUUGGGAGGGGAGUUUAAACAGAGCUUUCCAAAGACCCCCAUCCAGCCAAAUGAACAACUGAAAAGUGAAACAAACAAAUCUACAACAGCAAUAACCGGAGCAACGAAAAGAAAAUCGCUAACGUCAUCAACACAAAGCAACAUGAACAAAACUCAAAAUGUUACAGCGGCAGUAAGUGUUGCCAAUAAAAUCGUUUUGCCAGAGGCUACACGCAAAAGUAGUCGCACCGCCACUGCAAUUGUUACGGCAGCCACUACAAGUACACGCUUGUUACAAGCUGCAGUGGAGGCAGCCAAAAGCAAACAAAAGUUAGAAACAACAACAAAAUCGAAACUGCCACCACCACCUCCUCCAGCUCCUGCUGCUAAACAGUCUAAAACAUCAAAGAAACUGCAAAUAAAGCAAGAGCCAAAACAUUCAGAUUCUGAAGAAGAAGAAAAAGUCGAAGAUGAGGAAGAGGAUGAUGAUGAAGAUGGCAAAGAUGAGUUGCCUAAAAACACAGCUCAAACAACAUCCCGAGCAUUGCGUUGUAGCCGUAGAUCAGUUGUGAAAUUGGAGGAUAGGAUGGGGGAUUCAAAUAAAAAGCCUCAAAAGUCUUUAAAUAAUAAUAAUAAGAAACUAAUACAAGGUUUCGAUGUGGAAGACUAUGAAGAUGAUGACGACAUUACCAUUGAUGGCGAUGACGACGAUGAUGACGAGAAGGACGAAGAUUUCAUAGUGGAGCCAGCUAAAGGAAAAACAAAAUCUUCAGCGAACAAAAAAGCAGCGAAUAAUUCUAUAGCUGCGUCAAAAUCUGCAUGUAAGUCUAAACCAACUAAACAAACACCCGUUCAGCUGAAUUUGUCGUUACGUGAAGAGCGCUUAGCUAGACGUCAAAGUCGUCUAAUCACCCAGUUACAAUUAGAAUUGCAAACUAACUCAGAAGAAGAGCCGGCAAAUGUGAUAACUAAGCCAAAGCUUGUGGAGAAGAAAGCCGAAAGGUUAUCAAUAGAAAAAACUCCAACAAAAUCUUCGGCAAAAUCCGCCAAAUCUGCUGAAACACCUCCCAAGAAAUCACCCACAAAAGUUACAUCACCUAAAAAACCGGAGUCUUCGUCCUCACCUUCUUCUCGCUAUUUCGACUACACCAAAAGUGAACGCUUGAAAGCCAUACGCUAUGCCUUUGAACGUCUGCCAGAUACGGAUCUAUGGUAUCGGGUCUACAAACGACAGGAUAAUUGUGAAGAGAAAUACUAUGAGUACUUUGGUUCAACCAAAUAUCGAAAACUGCCCUAUGAGCUGGGACCUAUACCGUUUGAAACGACACUCUUGGAUAAUAACAAAACGAAAAUUUGCUGCAAGCUGUGUCAGGAUAGUCAGCAGAAACAGGAAAACGGAAGGGCUCAAAAACUGCAUGUGCGCAGAGAUUUGCAGCUAGAUUUAAAGCCGCAAAUUAAAGAGUCUCUCAACAAUAAAACUAACCUACUGGAAUCUCAGGAAGAUUUUAAUUGUUCAACGUCUUCCGCACACGACAUGAAACAACAAGAUCCACAUAACAGCAGCCAUGAACAAGAUCGAGAACAUUCCAAAUCAAAUUGCUCGUCUUCAGCGCAUAACGUAGAAACCAAGUCAUAUGCCCAUAAACACAAAAAACUGCAUUUGUUGCAACGUUACCGUCAGGAAUUGGAACAACAGGAGCUAAUGCAACGUCAAAAACUCGAAGAUCAAGUGAAGAGUUUGCGCAAUGACAACAGUCGUGUGGCAAGUGUAGGCAGUAGUGUGGAAAUUAAAACAGAGCUAGAAUCGCAUCAAGAUUCUGUACCCUCAAGACAUGACCGUGCCGGUUCUACGCAUAGCAAUGCCAGCAGCUGUGGCAGCAGUACAAAUGCACAGGUAGAGCGUAAAUGGAAGAAAAUGGGUGCCAAACUGGCCAAACUAUCAAUGUUGGCCAAUUUGGAACUGCCGCCUAGAAAAUCACCGCGAGAACAUGCUUCAACGUUGGCUUUAGUUAGUUGUAUAAUAAAACAGCGACAGGAUUCGCUGAGUAAACCAAAUUCAGAGACAGAUGAGCCGCCUUCAACACCCACAGAAAGAGAAACAAAAGUCUUGGCAAUGGCAGCGGAAAAAUUAAGAGCAGGUCAAGGGGUUUUAGAAAAAGAACCGCCUAAAACACCACCACCUUCUGCUAGAAAAACGGCGCCAGAAUCUCCUGCUCCUAAUGUUAUUAACUCCCCUCGUACAAGAUCACAGGCGGCCACGCCCAUUGAAGAAUUACGCUUUGCCACCGAAAUAUCAGAGACGGUGAAACGCAUGAGAAGGGGACGCAAUAAAUACGAUUAUUCGCCUCCAUUUGUGCAAAGAACAACAGGAAGACCUCGUUCGGGCAGAGGACGUGGUAGAGGAGGAUCGAAUAGUGUGGUUAAUUUGUUUGGUAGCAGCCAUAAGCCAACAACUACAACAACAACGGUCUCUGGUUCACUAACGCGUCAGCGAUCAAAUACUCCCAACACCAUUGUACCACCUCCAACAACAAGUUCUGCUGUAACCAGAGGACGUCGUAGAAGAGGCCGUCAAAAGGGUUAUAAUAAUAUAAGUAAAAAUCCUCUUACUAUUUUGGCCUCCAUACGUAAGACGGGUUCUAAGAAGGGAGUUUUAGAAUUCGAUGUAGAUAAUAUAGCUAUGGAGGCUUUGAAGAAAGCUACCACGGAUUAUGUUAAUCCUAAACUAUUAGAAUGGCAAAUAGACAAGUUUCUCUCAUUGGCAAAUAAGGAUUAUGAUAAUGAUUUGCUAACACCUGAUCCGGUUAAUAUAACAACACCACCUGAGGAACAAGAGGAGCAGAAAGAGCACCUUCAGCAGAAGGAAAAUGCUGAGGAAGUGAAAGAGUUUACAGAAAAUAUUAAAACAGCUACAGAUGCUAUAAAUGAUGUCAAUCUAAACACCCCACCCGCCACUGAUUACUUUUCGAGUGAUUUCGAUUUGUGUGAUUUAAUCAAUCAAAGUUCGGAACGUCUACAGGAGGAUGGCGAUAAUGGCCUUCCUCACAAUAGUAGCUCAAAGAAAUUUAGCAUAUUCAAUUCAUUACAUAUGAGCAAAUACUAUCGCAAACGUAAAAAUCCCAAAUCCAAUCGCACUGGUUGGCCCAAGGCCAUCAAAAAGAAGGCGGUAACGCGGCAACAGUCAAUGCAAGAUAAAAUUUAUUUCCUGCAAAAUGGCGAUAUAAGAGAGGAGAAAUGUAAUAAAGGUAGCGCCAUUAAGCAGGAAGUUAUGGAUGAUAAUAUUUUCAUAAAUGAAGAUGAUACUACACAAGAACAGGAUGUCCGAGAAAGUGGUGUUAUAACACCACCCGAUUCCGAGAAUGAACUAGAAGAUAAUACCAUGUUAAGAGGAGAGCUAAGUAAAACGUUUAAUGAAAAUGAUGAAGAAAGUAUGCUAAUGGAGGAAGAUUCUCAAAUGGCUUUAGAUGAAGACUCACAAACGGCCAAUGAUGAUGAGGAGGCAGAAGGGGAAGAAGAGGAUGUUGAUGAGGAGGAGGAGGAGGAGGAAGAAGAAGAACGAGUUAUAGAAGAAGAUAAUGAAACAUUAGCCGACUCUAUAGAAGAUGAUGAGGAAGAGGAGGAGGAACAGCAGCAGCAGCAACAAAGAAAACAAAAAGCCGAUUCUGAUGCCGAUGCUGAUAUUGAAGAGGCCGAUGAAGAGGAACAACUGCAUAAUGGUAACACAAAACGCGAGCAGUCCAAGAGUAUGGAAUUUAAUAAAAAACUGAAUAAGAAAUGCAAAAAAAUCAUACCCAAAAUCAUAGAAAAUGAAGAUGAAGAUUCUUAUGAACCACAAGAAAAACGACAGCGUUGUCUGCCCGAAAGUCCAGUGGAAAAAAUGCGUAACUUAUUAAAUCCCAAUAGUGCACAUACCUCCACUCCCAUCACACCAUUUAUGAGAGCGCUGCGUCGAACACCUCAACUCAAUGGCAGUUUAGGUAGUUGUAUUAGUCCCAGCGAAAAGGCGGGAGAUAAUUCAGAUAUUUUUACAGUUUCCUCCGAUGGCUUAGAUACCGAUAUGGAUUUAAGCAAUUCCCAUAGUCAACUAAGAACAACAAAUAAUCUUAACGAAGAAGAGGAUCAUCAUCAUCAUCACCACCACCAUCAUCAUCAUCAAAAUAAUUCUUUGCAUAAUAACAGCAGCGGAACGACAAACACUAAUGCAACGCCAAAAAGAAAAUUUGAUAUAUCCAAAUAUGCUCCCACUAAUGCGGCCACCUGUGCAGCAGAGGCGGCCACCGCUGCAGUCAAAUCUUUAGCCAUUUCUCAGUUUCUAAAGAAAGAGGUGCGUGUCACCUGUCGACGUUUGCGAGCGCCCUUUAGACGUUUUCGUUAUCGUAGAUAGGGUCAGGGUUAUAUUCUAAUACCCAUAUUUGACUGAAAAUAAAAAAGCAGUAAAUGUUAAAAAGUAUAAGAAGAAGAAGGCUCAAUAAAUAAUUAAUUAAAUUCCUAAAGAGCUUACAAAGAUAAUUACUAUAAUAAAAUCUUGUUGUAACUGUAUUCAUAUAGAUUUUUUUU